CGGGGGCGGCGCGGCGGGAGGUGGCCAGCCCUCCGGGCCUAGCAGACACAGCCCCCGGCCCAGCGGGCCUGUGCGCGGCGCCGCCUGCCCGAGCCGCCCGCCCGCCCCGGGUCCCUCGCCGGCCGGAGAACGGAGAGCUCCCCGCUUCUUGAGUUCUGAAGUUCCUGUUGCUUCAGACGAUGGAUGAGCAAUCGCAAGGGAUGCAAGGGCCGCCUGUUCCUCAGUUCCAACCACAGAAGGCCUUACGACCGGAUAUGGGCUAUAAUACAUUAGCCAACUUUCGAAUAGAAAAGAAAAUUGGUCGCGGGCAAUUUAGUGAAGUUUAUAGAGCAGCCUGUCUCUUGGAUGGAGUACCAGUAGCUUUAAAAAAAGUGCAGAUAUUUGAUUUAAUGGACGCCAAAGCACGUGCUGAUUGUAUCAAAGAAAUAGAUCUCCUUAAGCAACUCAACCAUCCUAAUGUAAUUAAAUAUUAUGCAUCAUUCAUUGAAGAUAAUGAACUAAACAUAGUUUUGGAAUUAGCAGAUGCUGGUGAUCUAUCCAGAAUGAUAAAGCAUUUUAAGAAACAAAAGAGGCUAAUUCCUGAAAGGACUGUUUGGAAGUACUUCGUGCAGCUGUGCAGUGCACUGGAGCACAUGCAUUCUCGACGGGUCAUGCACCGGGAUAUAAAACCAGCGAAUGUGUUCAUUACAGCCACUGGGGUGGUCAAACUUGGAGAUCUUGGGCUUGGUCGGUUUUUUAGCUCCAAAACCACAGCUGCACAUUCUUUAGUGGGUACACCUUAUUACAUGUCUCCAGAGAGAAUACAUGAAAAUGGGUACAACUUCAAAUCUGACAUCUGGUCCCUUGGCUGUCUACUGUAUGAGAUGGCUGCGUUACAGAGUCCUUUCUAUGGCGACAAAAUGAACUUGUACUCGCUGUGUAAGAAGAUAGAGCAGUGUGACUACCCACCUCUUCCUUCAGAUCACUAUUCAGAGGAGUUGCGGCAGUUGGUGAACAUGUGCAUCAACCCAGACCCAGAAAAGCGACCAGACAUCACGUAUGUGUACGACGUGGCCAAGAGGAUGCACGCCUGCAUGGCCAGCAGCUGAGUGCAUGGACGGCGUGGAGGACGUAAGCAACACAAGUUCAAGUAUUUCUGUGCAAAUCAUACCUCCCUGUUCUUGAGUGUUAAGAUUAAUAUUUCAGAGCUAGUGUGCUUUGAAUCCUUAACCAGUUUUCAUCUAAGCUUCAUUUUGUACCAAUUUAAGUCACCUUCUUGCAAACCCCAGUGACUUUGGAAUAAUCCGAUUCCGUAUUAGGAGAGCAAAGGGAACAUGAUGGUUUUUAAUGGCUAAAGAUUUUUAGAAUUAUUUUGAGUUUUGUGCUGAUAAGUCGUGUUCAGAUAGACUCUCGGUGCCAAAUGCCGGCGGCUCGGCUCGGCCCCGUUGGGACAGACGUGCAGCCUGAGGAAGGUGUCUGAACAUGUGCCUUGUGUGCGCUGCUCUCCAGUCAUCUGUGGACGUGUGAGAUGAACACAGUUGUGAACUUCUGUGAUUAUUUUAUUUGUAGAAGUUUGAAGUAUGCGUUUUAGUUCUUAGCAUUGUAGCUUUCAAAUAGGAUUCUUACUCAAAGAUAAUUGUAGACAUAUGAACUAUUUGAGAGCAUUUAAAACUCUUAAAAUAGCUUACACAUUCAAAAUGCAACUAUUAAAUGUGAAAAGAUUUGGGGAUAAAACGUGAGUCAGACACUGAAGAGUUUUCUGCUUUAUUUUGUUUUAUUUUAAUAUCUUUGAAAUUCUCUUUGCAUUAAAGUGGUAUAAAUGAAUCCAUUUAAAAAGUGGUUAAGGAUUUGUUUGGCUGGUGUGGUAGUAAUUUUCCAAGUUGCACAUUGCCCAAGGCUUUUUUGUGUGUUUUUACUAUUGUUUGUACAUUUGAAAAAUAUUCUUCGAAUAAUCCUGCAGUACUAUUUUCAAUUUCUUUAUAAAUUUAAAUGCUCUACUCAUGAUUAUACACUAUCGUGUAAGCGUAUGUUUUUAUUCAUAGAUUUGAUUGAAGUUCUGAUUGAUCCCCUUCCGAAAUUUUUUUUUAUUCUUCAAGUUACUUUCCUAUUUAUAUUGUACAUGCAUUUUAUCCACUGUUUCAGAUUUUCUGACAACAUAAUAACCUUAAAAAUAUUUGAUAUACCAACACUUUUCCUGGAUUGAAAACAUUUUUUUGUUCAAUUUUGAAAAUUUGGGCCACUGUGUAUGCACGUGCCUUGUCUUGUUAGGAAGAGGGAUGUGCCUUGUACUGCAGCUGUGAACGUUGUUACUAUUUCCAUUUAUCCGACAAGGUUGUAACUUUAGAAUAUGUUUAAAGAAAUGAAAACUGGCCACUACCGCAGACAGAAUUUUUAUGAGCUAAACAUUUCUAUCGAGAAGCUUUUAGGCAAAGUACUGUGUUCAUGCAUAAAGAUAACAGAGUGGGUGACACUUCGUUUAGUUUAAGGAAAUGGGCAGAGUUUAGUAAAUGCUGUCAUGGAGAUGUUUUCCCUGAAUGCCUUCGUGUUAGUGGUGACCGGCUCCUCCCAGAGUUGUGCAGCCAAAAGGCUGCGUAGCAGUCACUGCCUCAGGACGCCAUGCCACCAUGUAACCUUGGGACAAUAAUCCUGCCAACAGGAAACCCUCAUGCUCAGAGAACACCUACCUUUAGCCCAUAUAACUGCUGGUUUUAUUUUAUCCACAGAAGUAUUUUUCUUAAAAUCAUUUGAAUACUUGCAAGUCAUUUGUAAACUUUAAAAAUGUACAAAGGGCAAAAGUGUAAACUUUUUUUCUAAAUUUAGUCAGCCACAGUAUCGUAAUCAGUUCUGAAUGGAGGGUAAUUUUAUCCCGGGACAGACAGAGGAGAGCUGGUUAUUCUGUAUGUGAGGGCCAGGCAGGCCGUUUCUCCCAGAUUCUGGUGACUUUGACCGCACUGGACACCCGCACCCUCCUCUCCAGAGUGACGAGGGGAAUUGUUUCUGUUGACCGUCAGUGUCUUGUUCAUUUUAAUGUAAUAUGAUUCAUGGAGAUGAAAUGUUCUCUAAUUGGAACAGAUACAGUCCUUUUUCUUGCAAUCUUUAAAGAUAAAUGGAUCUAAAAGUCAUCAGCUUAACCCCUCACAGGACUUCUAAGCAAAGAUUUAAACUUUUCUUUUAAGUGAAUCUAUCUGCUGGAAGGAAAUAGUUGGGAAGAAUUUAUUGAUCAGGGAAAUCCAUUAUUGUUUUCUACAUAUGGAAAUUUUUUGUUUGGGAUAUUGUA